AUGGUAUUCAAGACCUACGGCAACGUCGUCCGCCUGCUGGAGCAGUGUCAAGAUGGCCAACAUUCGCUGGAGCUGACUGACAGCAGCGCAAAUUCAGCAGUUGAGCUGACCUUGAGCAGAUACCCUCCAUACCCUGGAGACUCUAGCUGCUCCCUCACUGUUAGCGCACCGUGGGCAGAUGGCUUGCUUUUCGUUGUGCGCAUGCUCAAUAUGCGCUGGGAUGCAACACGAUGCCUUGACUACAUGAAGCUCGUUGACAAUGAAAGGGUCUUGCUGGCUCCACUGUGUACAUCCCGGGCCAUUGGAUCUCGCUUCGUUGCCAUGCGAGAGAACAGAAUCACGCUGGUAGUGGCGACCACAAAGUCAACUCCAAGCGGAAACUACACUGGCCUUAACAUAUUGUUCACAGGUUAUGUAAGCAAAAGUCGGUGCAGUCCGAAUGACAUGUUUCUAUGCAUGGAAUCAAAGAUUUGCAUUUCCAAGGCCCUGUUUUGUGACGGAAUUGACCACUGUGGUGAUGGCACUGACGAACCAGAAGACUGUGAGAGCAUGAACCGGCGCACCUGGAUUGAGUGGGCUCCAUUGCUGAGCUGGUUAUCAGUGUACGGCCUCUUCAGUGCAGUUCUCUUCAAAGUGUACUCCAAGAAAAAGCGGUCCAUCUUGGUGCUCAGAAAUUUGUGA